GUACGAAAAGUGGAACGACGAGCGGUUGCAUUGAAGCCUGCUUUUGAACUGGCAUGUCUUUGAGCUGUCUUUGCCUCCCUCAUUCAUCAUCAUCUGUCAUACCGGUACCAUCCGUCCAUCCAUCCAUCAAUCAAGAGGCGUUGCUAGCUAGUACAAUUAAUUGUAAACUAAUGCCUCGUUUGAUCAGAUAGCACUGAAGAAAGAGUGCUCCUCGUCCGAGAAAGCACAGAUACAAACAACUCAUUGGCAUCACUAGUAUCAACAAAAAACAAGAUGGGAUCCGCUCCUUCAAAGACCCUGGAAGAGUGGUCUUCGGAAGAUCUUUCCCAAGAAUUGACCCGAUUGGGCCCCAAGUACCAAAGCUAUAGUGGUGCAAUUGCCGACAAUGGGCUGGAUGGUUCCAUUCUGGCCAGUUUGACGGACCAAGAACUGGACGAGACAUUGGAUGACUUGGGCUUUCAGAAUCGACUACAUCGUCUUGUCGUCCGCAAAAAGUUGGCAGCGGUGUCUCGCAGCAGCAGCAAAAGUACUAGUUCCGAAGAAGAGUUGACUCAAUGGAGCAGCCAUCCCUGCUUGGAGGAGACCACGACAGCAAUCCACAGUGUCAGCAUCAAUAAUGACAAGAAAAAUGCCCAAGAGAAUCAACAACAACAAGAAGGAGAGAAGAAGGACCAACAAGUCACCCCAAAGAGAGAAGAUGAGGUUGACACUGAUGAGGAACUGACUGAAGCCGACUUGGCCAUUUUUGAUGACAUUGUGGCUGAUAUUCUGGAAAAGACGAACGACAGUUCCAUCUGUUAUGUGGGAGUGCAUCUCAUUCAAAACGAGGGACAACUACUCCUCAGUGGAGCCUUGCGAGAAUCGGAAGACGACGACGAUCAUUCCGUCGAUUCACUCCAACGAUGGCAUUUGCGACCUCAUCAAGAAUCACUCUGUUCCACUCUGGUUCGAACCAAAACACAAGACACUUUCAUGAAGGUCAAAUUGCCACGCAUGGGCAUGACGUAUCGAGGACAUGUCCUGUGCAACUCGCACGGGCAUCGGGUCGGAUCCGUUUGUCUCAUUGAAAAACUCGUGCGCAGUCACAACCACAACAACAAAUCUAGUAUUAUACAAAGUGACAAUUACGUAUCGUUCCUCCAGGAAAUGGCCGGACGCGUCGAACGACACAUGCGACCCCGCGAAACGCUCAUUACCAAAACCGCCGCUCGAAAAGCCCGUCUCAAACUCUCGUUGGAAGGGGACGAUGCCGAACCGGAACUGACACAUCUCUUUCAAGGAGCGGCCGAAAUGCUCGAAAAGGAAAACAACGAACCCGAACAAGUCGCCAAACCUCCAUCACAACUACAACCACUGGGAUAUGUCAAUGCCAGUGAUCAUACCGUCCGACGGGGGUCUUUUAGUCGGCUUCCACCAGAACAAACACCACGACCUCUCUUGCAGCCGCCCGAAGUCGUACACAACAGUAACAACAAACCACCCGCACUCGACGCCGAUGAGGGGUCCUUCCAAUCCUUCUUUUCCCAAAGCACGGCAGAAGAUUCUCAGUUUCGACGGGGCCGAGCUACUGUCGCGGACGAAAUGCCCCAUUUGGCACCGGAUUUCUUUUCCUUGCACGAUCAACACGGCAUUCCACGACCUCCCAUUGCCAAGGAUGACAUGAAGAGUAUUGCUUGGGUGGAAGAAUUGUCGUUGCAUGGAAUUCAUGCCGAUUCGGUGACGGGCAAACGAUUGAUGCAACUCACGCACAUGGCCGCAUCCAUGGCCGACUGUCCCGUGUGCUUUUUCAGUUGGCACGAUCCGACCAAUGAAUAUCGAAUCGGUCGGCCUUUGGGGAAUAGCAACGAUAAGGCGGUGCGCGACAUGUUGGAACAUUCCGGUCACGGCGUGCUCAGUCGAUCGGCCGAUGGCAAACCAUUUUCCUAUGGAUGUGUCCGAGCGCCGGCCAUUUGCAAUUACACACUCCAUCUCAAGAAACCAUUCGUGGUGCCGGAUUUGGCGGAAGAUGCUACCUUUCGGUAUAUUGCCGACAUGUCGGCGACACGGUUCUAUGCUGGGGUUCCAUUGGUGACGGCCGAUAAUUUGGUCCUAGGAACGCUUUCCGUGAUGGAUCUUCAACCGCGUCGUGAUUUUGAUACUACUGCUACCGACAAUGACGAUCAAGUUUCUUCCAAAAUGGCACAGCUGCAACAUUUUGGCUUUUUGGUACAACAAGAAAUCAUGGACUGGUACGCGGUCCACAAGGCAGAGCGGCUGCAUCGCUCUCAUUCCAAGCUACUCAUGACCACAAACAAAUCACAACCACCGCGAGGAGGAGAAGUGACCAUUGUACGAACCAGUGUGGAAGGUGCCGCGUCCUUGUGGAAACGAGAUCCGUCGGCCAUGCAGGCGGCAUUGGACGUGCAAGACAAUAUUCUGCAAAAACAGUUACAAAUGCACGAUGGAUACGAAGUCAGUUCGACCGAGGAAGGUGGCUUUUGUUUGGCAUUCCACGAUCCUUUGGAUGCCAUGCAGUUUGCGUUGGAUUGCCAAAUGUUGCUGUACGAAGCGCAAUGGCCACCCGAGAUUCAUGUCUUGCCAGGAGCGGCUCUCAAUGAGGCGGAAUGCUUCCGAGGACUGCGGGUGCGAAUGAGUAUUGCGCACGGUCGUGUCAAGCACAACCAGAAUGAAUCGACCGGCGCUGUCACAUACGGAGGCUUUGCCUACAAUGUGGCCAAGAGCUUGGAGCGGCUGGCCAAUGGUGGGCAAAUACUGGCAUUGGAGGAUACAUGGGAUCUCGUGGUUGCUUCCAGCAGGCGAGCUAAUGGGCGAUUCCAAGUGCUGGAUGUUGCCAAGCAGGUGGUACAGAUGGGGAAGAUUGUGCUUGGCACUGGUCAACGAUUUUCCGACGGGGUCAUGGCCAAGGGUGUGGUGCAGUUGAUACCGCAUCCCCUCUCGUACAAUUACUUCAAGGCGCGAAAGCGUACCAACACUCGCAUGCUUGCCCCCGAGCCAGAUAUGAACAUUAUCAUGGGUCGCAUGUUUCCGCCCCUCGACGUCGCCAGCAAUCGACUACUUUGUCCGUCAUUUCAUGACGCCCCUCAUGACGACAAUCAAGUAACGCUCAUGGUCAUGGAUUCAACUCUUCUUGCCGAAGGCCUGAGCGACAAGGAACUCCAGGUGGUCAACGCGAGACUCUUCCAUAUGGUUGGGUGCCUGGUCAACUCUUUUGGUAGUGGUGCAUAUCACUGCAAGGACCUGAUGGUUGCCUUUGAUGGACCUGCCAAUGCGCUGUGUUUCGGUUUCAUGCUGUUGCAAAAGCUGCGCGAUUGGCAUAUCCAAGGAGACCCCAACAAGAUUGGGAAUCGGCUCAAGAUUGGCUGUUUCCAGGGCGAGUUCUCUAGUAUGGGGCCACACAAGCGCACGGGGAGGGCGGUCUACAUUGGAAAAGUCGUGGACCGUGCUGUGAACGUGGCCGGCGCUGCUGCACCCGGAACAAUCUGCUUUGGAACCAUUGUUGCACCCGGUGCUCCCAUUUGGGUGUUGGAAUUCAAGCCUCCUUCUUUGGGCGGUGAUUCGGUGUCCAGCAUGACACAAUCACUACUCACCAGGGCUUCGUCCGUCGCGAGCAGUAAACGUCACGUCCGCGGCCUCAAACGAUAGCCUCCCUGACUGUUUGUGUUGCAUGGUUGUGUCAUCUGUAGAAUAGACUCAUUCAUCGGAUGUACAAGUACUAUAUCGAAAAUGGUACUACUAUAACUUCAUAGCUAGCUAUUUCAUUAACACAAUAGCACAUCAAAAGUACUAGUACCAAUUACUCC